ACAAACAAAAAUACUUGUGGAUACAGAUUUUUAUGGAUAACAUAACUAACCACAAGUACCAUGCAAUGCAAUGCAACUCCACCCCAACCCCAACCCCAUGUAAAUAACAUGACAUUUUCAUUACCUGCAAACAACAACACAUAGAAAAUAAAAAUAUGGCCUUAUCACUCUCCACCACCAUAGUCCGCCAGCCACAUGGCAGCUCGGGAUUGGCCCCGAGGGACUGGAGGCCGGUCAACGGUGACUUAAUGGGCAAGAAACUAAAUUUCAUUCAGAAAACCCAAAAGAAAAACAAUGUUAAAUCAAGCAUAUGCAUGACCCUCACCGGCAUUGCUACAGGUGAGGCAAAGUUGAGGGACCUUGAUAUGGAGAAAAGGGACCCGCGAACAGUUGUGGCGGUUAUAUUGGGAGGUGGAGCGGGUACCCGUCUUUUCCCUCUCACAAAGCGCAGGGCAAAACCUGCGGUGCCAAUUGGAGGGGCCUAUAGGCUGAUUGAUGUCCCCAUGAGCAACUGUAUCAACAGCGGGAUCAAUAAAGUCUACAUUUUGACUCAGUUUAAUUCGGCAUCACUCAACAGACACUUGGCCCGCGCUUAUAAUUUUGGUAAUGGUGUUACCUUUGGAGACGGUUUCGUUGAGGCACUCUCCGCAACUCAAACUCCAGGUGAGGAAGGUAAGAGGUGGUUCCAGGGUACUGCAGAUGCAGUUCGACAGUUUCAUUGGCUGUUUGAGGAUGCAAGAAGCAAGGAUAUUGAGGAUGUUCUCAUUCUAUCUGGAGAUCACUUAUACAGAAUGGAUUAUAUGGACUUUCUUCAGAGCCACAGACAAAGCGGUGCAGAUAUUACAAUUUCCUGUUUGCCCAUGGAUGAUAGUCGGGCCUCGGAUUUUGGAUUGAUGAAGAUUGAUGGGAAAGGAAGAGUUGUUUCAUUCAGUGAAAAGCCUAAAGGGAAUGAGUUGAAAUCAAUGGCGGUGGAUACGACAGUCUUGGGAUUGUCUAAAGAAGAGGCGGACAAGAAGCCGUAUAUUGCCUCCAUGGGAGUAUAUAUUUUCAAGAAGGAGAUCCUUUUAAAUCUUUUGAGAUGGCGUUUCCCUACGGCAAAUGACUUCGGAUCAGAGAUUAUCCCUGCUUCAGCCCAAGAAUAUUACAUAAAGGCGUUUUUAUUUAACGACUACUGGGAGGAUAUUGGUACGAUCAGAUCGUUCUUCGAAGCAAAUCUUGCGCUUACCGAACAUCCAUCGCGGUUUAGCUUCUACGAUGCAGCUAAACCGAUGUAUACCUCCAGAAGAAAUCUACCACCAUCAAAUGUUGACAACUGCAAGAUCACUGACUCGAUCAUAUCGCAUGGUAGUUAUCUAACUAAUAGCUUCAUCGAACACAGUGUUGUCGGUAUUCGGUCAAGAAUUGGUUCCAAUGUUCACUUAAAGGACACUGUGAUGCUUGGCGCUGACUACUAUGAGACCGAUGCCGAAAUGAAGUCGCUGUUGGCAGAAGGCCGUGUUCCUAUUGGAAUAGGAGAAAAUACAAAGAUCACAACUUGCAUCAUUGACAAGAAUGCUAGAAUUGGAAAGAAUGUAAUCAUUGCAAAUUCAGAGGGAAUACAGGAGGCGGACAGAUCUUCAGAAGGGUUUUACAUUCGAUCGGGUGUUACAAUCAUACUAAAGAAUUCGACAAUUAAGGACGGAUUAGUGAUAUAAUGCAUUUUGUUUAGUCUUCUCCUCUUUGAGCAUGAAAAUUGAAGGAUGUGAAAAAUGAACAUUUAUAUGCAGAGAAAGGAUCAACAGGCUGCAGGCAUCAUUGCCAAUCUCUGUAAAUGUGAAUACAUUGCAACGUUUCAAAAUUAUUAAAUUUUGGUUUGAUUAUGUAAGCAUGAGAUAUGUUUAUAAACCGUUGAAACCGAUCAAACAAAAGUAUAUCGGUUGGUUAAGUCGGUUUAAGUUUCACAAAGUUGACGGUUUACCAUUAGAAAACCGGGUUUAACGGUCGGCUUAUGGUCUGAAACUUGAAACCAGUUGUGUAAGUUGUUUACCUUUAUGGUUAAUGAGUUUAUUUCUAUAUUGGAAUAUGCAA